AUGCCAACUCCGUGCGGUAUCUGGUACUUGGAAGCCAUCGUACGGAAGGUGUGCUCGCAAGUACCUCUCAACCGCAUCGCAUCGGCCUUUUCGACAUGCCUUGACCGCCACCGCGACCGUGAUGCCCUCUCAUCCGCACCUUUCACCCUCCUCCGGCUACCAUCACUGAGCGUCGACCGGCAUCGACCGGCUAGGAUUGCCAUUCCUAUAGGCGCUGUUGACAAGGCUACCCAGCCCUUCGAGCGCACGACCAUGUUGCGACCAACAGGCCGGUUGUGCGGCUGGUGCCUCCGGGCCCAAAAAGCCUCGUCGUCACCAGUCGCGGCGACGACGACGACGACAGCGACGACACCAGCGCAGCCGCACCUCCAUCCCCGACAGUGGCCACGACGGAACCCUCCUCUCCGGCCCGAUGCCCUCGCUGCCGCAUCUCGACACCGCUGGGCCUCGCCGCCUCCCCAGGCCCGUCUCGUCUCCCAGAGUGCCCGCCUUUACAGCUCAGCGGCGGCCUCGGCCGCUCACCACGACGGCAGCCCCGGCUCGUCGUCACCGCCGCAACGACAACCGCGGCGGCAAGCGGAGACGCAAAGCACGCUCUACGACCUCUUCCCCCAGACCCUCCCCGACGGGCCCCCGCCACGAGGCCACUUCCCCGUCGACACCUCGGCGCUGCGUCGCGAGUUUCUCCGGCUCCAAGCUGCCCACCACCCAGACAAGCACCCGGCCGAGCGGAAGCAUGCGGCCGAAGCGACCUCGUCUGCCAUCAACCACGCCUACCGCACUCUCGCCAACCCCCUGCUGCGCGCGCAGUACCUCCUCACCCUCCGCGGCGUCGACGUCGCCGCCGACGAGGCCCUCAAGGUGGACGAACCCGACCUCCUCGCCCUCGUCCUCGACACGCACGAGGCCAUCGAGGCGGCCGUCAGCGCCGACGACCUCGUACCUCUCCGAGACGCCAACGAAGCUCGCAUCUCCCGCAGCGAGCUUUUGCUCGAGCGCGCCUUUCGCGACGACGACGUGGACGCCGCCAAGAGCGAGGCCGUCCGCCUGCGCUACUGGGUCAACCUCAGGGAGAGCCUGCACGGCUGGGAGGAGGAGGGCGCACCUGUGAUGCUGCACCACUGA